AUGACAUCAUUCGAACAUCUAUCAAACGAGAUCUUCUAUGAAAUCUUUGAAUAUCUCGAUAUUUGUCAAGCAUAUGAAAUCUUCGCCUAUUUCAACCAUCGGUUUCGAUAUUUAUUCGUCGAGUCAUCUUUAUUAUAUCAUAUUAAAUUGGAUUUAUUAUCACAUCAAUCUUUUCAACAGUACUGUCAACAUCUCAUUUCUCCGAAUAAACAUCGAAUUAUUUCACUUCGAUUGGCUAAUCCGUUUACUAUUGAUCGAUAUUUUACAUUUUUUCCACUAGAUCAUGCAUCAUUCCUUAAUCUUCGAUCAUUGACUUUGAAUGAUAUCGAAUCGGACAAACUUGCGUCACUUCUAACACUUCUAGCAACGUUUCCUCGAUUCGUUUCUCUUUCCUGUACUGUUGAACCAUCAGUACGAAAUCUAGAGACGAUUCAUCAGUCGCUCUUCGCUUUACCGGUUUUAAAAUAUUGCAAUAUGACAAUAAAACAACAAUAUCCUGUCGAAUUCGUACUACCGAACCCUGCGAAAGAUUGCCAACCAAGUUCGAUAGAAUAUUUUAUCAGUCAAACGCGUUAUACUCCUCUACAACUGAGUAAUCUGCUUCUGCGUAUGUCACGAAUUACUCAUCUCUCCUGUCGUGUAUUGUUACCAUACUGGGUAACAAGUUCUAUUCCAUCAAUACAUUUACCUCACUUGAAACAUCUUUCUAUUCAUUGCCAUAUCUCUUUUAUUCAAUCCGAAAUCUUGCUGUAUGCUAUCGUUGCUCAUCAACUUGAAGUCUUACACAUUCGAGCAAUCUCAGUGAGUGAUUAUUUGAAAGCUGAUCGAUGGGAACAAUUGAUUACUAUUCGUUUUCCUUGUUUACGUCUGUUCGAUUUACAGUAUUGUGGAAGUUUUUAUACCGAUGACGAAUAUCAACCGCUGAUCGAUGGAUUCAAAUCUCGAUUUUGGAUGGAAAGAAACUGGUCAUUUGCUCAUCGAUGUUACCCAUAUAAACAAUCCACAUGGUUACUAUUCUCUUCCAUCAAUGAUUCAACGGAAAAUAAUGUCGAUCUUGAAGAGAUUGUUGUUUUCGACAGUGGAGCAAGAAUUGAUGUUCAAUCAACGCACAUGACAGUGUCAACUCAAAAUCGAAUGAAAAGUACAUGUGUUUUUUCCAUUGAUCAGCUGGCAAAGAUCAUCCCUUGUGAAAGACUCACCCGUCUAACUGUUCUGAACGAUUUUCCGAUUGAAGAUAUCAUCGGACUAGUGAAUAUUUCCCAGCAUAUUCGAUCGCUGGUGCUCCAGGGAUACUCAUCGAAAUUGUUAUCGUUAGCGAAUAGAAACAACAUCCAGCAAAUGAUUCUACGUGGAAAUUUAACAUUUCAAGACGUUCAAAGCUUGAUGGAAGCAUUCCGGUACUUAAAAUGUUUGAAGUUGACAGUUGCAGAAAAUGAUUUAGAAUUAAUCCUUCGAUUUCUGAUUCAACACAUCAAGAAACAAGCCGAGCAUUGCGUGCUACAUCUCGUUGGUUUUCUCGAUGCUCAUUCUCUUCUCGUGCGACGAUUACGAAAAGUAAUCGACUUCGAAGGCUAUGCAAACUCAUUCACGAUCGAAUCAAUCUCAGAUACAGCAUAUCUAUGGUGGUGA